UUAGAGGUAAUACGGUAAUACGUUGGAACGUUCUGUAUACAUGUAACCUAGGCAACGAGUGGGGGGAGGCCAUUAAAAGAACGGAGUUCAUACCAUGCAGUCACGUCUCUACGAGUCUCCUUGAUAUCUUAAUAUGUGUUGCAAGGCCAACUGAACAUGGUGUCAGAAGUGAAGACAGUGAGCUGCAAAGUGUUAGUGGUAUUCGCUGAGUUAGGUUAGAUAAGCCAGUCAGUGAGUUAGCGUUAGCAGCUUGACGGCGGGAGCAACGAUGGCUCAGUACCAAGUUAAGCCUCCGGAGCCGUUUUCGUUCAAGGCAGAAGAGUGGACGAAAUGGAUAAAACGAUUCGACAGAUUUCGCAUCGCGUCUGGAAUGGACGCUCAGGACGAGGAAAAUCAGGUCAAUGCGUUGAUUUACACAAUGGGAGAACAAGCAGAGGACAUUGUAGUUUCUCUACAUUUAAACGCAGAAGAGGCGGGAGACUAUGGUACCGUGAAAAAUAAGCUGGACGCACAUUUUGUAACGCGCAGGAACAUUAUAUUCGAACGGGCUAAGUUCAACCAGAGGCAACAAGAGGUCGGCGAGUCAGCAGACAGCUUCCACACCGCGCUGCAUUGCCUUGCUGAGUACUGCGGAUACGGUGCUCUACACGACGAAAUGGUGAGAGAUCGUCUAGUCGUGGGCCUGAGGGAUAAACGCCUUUCAGAACAGUUGCAGAUGGACCCUGAACUGACGUUGGAGAAGGCAAUUAACAAGGCACGACAAAGUGAGCAGGUAAAGAAGCAACUUGAAAUGCUAAAAACAAACUUUAAAGCAGAAGCCAGUAGCACUCAGCUAGACAGUAUGCAAUCGUGGCAGCGCAGCGGCUCAAAGCAAAGCAUGCAGCGAGAUAGGCAGACAUUUCAUAAAAAGACACUGGAAAGACAAACACAAUGUAACAGAUGCGGGGACACACGAGGGCAUCAUCCGCAGCAGUGUCCAGCUAGAGAGGCUGUGUGUAACCAGUGCCGAAAGAAAGGACAUUAUGCUAGAGUCUGCCAAGCUAAAAAGAAACCGGGAGUUCAUGUAGCUGCAGUGACUGAGGAAGACAGCGAUGAGGAAUACAGCGAUGAGGACGUCGCGUUCUUGGGCUCUGUGGAGUCCACAGGUGCCUGCCCAUGGAUGACAGAGGUUAGGGUGGACAAUCAAAAAUCAGUGUUUAAGAUAGACACUGGAGCAGAUGUCACUGCAAUCCCAGCAAAGUUGUACACCCAGGGCCAGUUCAGCAAACUUUCCAGAGCCACAAAGACUCUUUAUGGACCAGGAGGGACAGCAUUAAAGGUGAAUGGAAAAUUUACAGCUACUCUCAGUAAGGGUAACAAAAGCACACAAGAGGAAGUUUAUGUUGUUGAUGGGCUACGUACGCCACUCCUGGGUGGACUAGCCGCCAUGACACUUCAACUGGUUGCUCGUGUGAAUAACAUAGGCCUGGAUACUAAAGAGACUGUGAAAAGAGAGUUUCCAAAUCUUUUCUCUGGACUAGGGAAAAUGGAGGGAGAGUACACCAUUGUGCUGAAGCCUGGAGCAAAGCCCUUUUCUCUCUCGACCCCGCGACGCAUAUCCCUCCCACUCAUGCCAAAGGUGAGAGAAGAGCUCACUCGCAUGGAGCAGCAAGGAGUGAUUUCAAAGGUGGAGGAGCCUACAGCAUGGUGUGCACCCAUGGUUGUGGUGCCCAAGAGCUCUGGCAGAGUCAGGAUUUGCACCGACCUCACGGAGCUGAACAGGUCAGUGAUGAGGGAGAAGCAUCCGCUACCAUCUGUUGAGCACACUUUAGGACAGCUUGCAGGAGCCAAGAUCUUUUCUAAACUCGAUGCCAAUGCUGGAUUCUGGCAGAUUCCGCUGUCCGAAGAAUCCUCUCUUCUCACCACCUUCAUAACACCAUUUGGGCGGUACUGCUACAACCGUCUCUGUUUUGGAAUUUCGUCCGCUCCAGAGCACUUCCAAAAACGCAUGUCUCGUAUCCUGGAGGGCCUGGAAGGUGUUGUAUGUCAGAUGGACGAUGUGCUCAUAUGGGGUGCCACGCAGAGUGAGCAUGAUGAGAGGCUAAGGAAGACAUUGACACGUCUGCAGGAGGCAGGGGUGACACUCAAUGACAAAUGUGACUUCUCAAAGAGCAGGAUAAAGUUCCUGGGACAACUUAUCGACGCCACUGGAGUCAGUGCAGACCCUGACAAGGUGGGCGCUGUGAAAGCCAUGGCAGAGCCCAGUAAUGUCAGUGAGGUGAGGCGCUUCUUGGGAAUGACCAAUCAUCUGGGAAAAUUCCUGCCUCACCUGGCGGAGAAAACGCGCCCUCUCAGAGAUCUAUUGAGGAAAUCAAACAUGUGGGCCUGGGGUCCACAACAGCAGCAAGCCUUUGAACAGAUUAAGGCUGAGCUUACAACACCGCCGGGUCUUGCCUUGUAUGACCCAAAUGCAGACACACUUGUCUCAGCAGAUUCAUCUUCAUACGGCAUGGGUGCUGUUCUCCUCCAGCGACGAAAUGGAAAAGACUGGAAGCCGGUGGCAUAUGCUUCGAGAGCCCUGAGCAACACGGAACAGCGGUAUGCUCAAAUCGAAAAAGAAGCUUUAGCCACAACAUGGGCCUGUGAGAGAUUUGCAGAGUUCCUUAUAGGAAAGGACUUCCACGUAGAGACAGAUCACAAGCCUUUGGUUCCCCUGCUAGGCUCAAAGAGUCUGGAUGAACUGCCACCUCGCAUACAGCGUCUACGUAUGCGGCUGAUGAGGUUCUCUUACACCAUCUCACAUGUGCCAGGCAAGGACAUCGCCACCGCUGACGUGCUCUCCAGAGCGCCAAUCGAGAACACAGCGGAGGGCUUACAGGAAGAAGAGGUGAGCCUGUACGUGGACACUGUGAUGGCAAACCUGCCAGCUACAGACAAAAGACUUAAAGAAAUAGAAACACAUCAGGACAAAGACACUGUAUCCCACACACUGAAGAGAUACUGCAAGGAGGGCUGGCCUGAUAAAUUCUCCAUACAAACAGCAUUCCGUCCCUACCUGCCGUUCUCAGGUGAGCUAACAGUUAAUGAGGGUUUGCUACUUUACGGCUGUAGAAUAGUAAUUCCAGUGUCACUUAGAGCAGAGAUGCUGAACAAACUGCAUGAGGGCCACCUGGGACUCACUAAAUGCAGAGAGAGGGCCAAGCAAUCUGUGUGGUGGCCAGGCCUUAGCAAAGACCUGACACAACUGAUAGAGAACUGUGAUGUUUGCAGUCGGGAGAGAACCAACUUUAGAGAAACACUGCAACCCACUGAGUUCCCAGCAAGACCAUGGUCCACUGUGGGGGCAGAUCUAUUUCAGACAGAAAAUAAUAAGCACUAUCUGGUCAUUGUAGACUAUUUUUCCAGAUUCUUUGAAGUAGCCAAACUCACUUAUACAACAUCUGAGGCGGUGGUGGAGCACUUCAAAUCCAUAUUUGCACGUCAUGGCAUACCAGAUGUGGUGCGCUCAGACAAUGGGCCACAAUUUGCAUCCGAGUACUUCAGGAAGUUUGCACGAGAGUGGGGUUUCAGUCAUGUCACAUCCAGCCCCCACUUCCCACAAAGCAACGGUGAGGCCGAGCGGGCCGUUAGGACAAUCAAGGGUAUCCUGAAGAAAUCCAGUGACCCUUACCUUGGCCUCAUGGCCUACCGGGCCGCUCCUCUGGCGAACGGACACAGUCCAGCAGAGCUCCUCAUGGGCAGAAACAUUAGAACACCUGUCCCUGUCAUCCCAUCUCAGCUUAACCCGGGCUGGACAGACAUGAACAGUCUAAAAAUAAUUGAACAAGCAUACAGACAGAAGCAGAAACUGAACUACGACCGUCGUCACAGAGCUCGAAACCUGCCACUCCUCCGACAAGGUGACCAUGUGUGGGUCAAGGACAUCCUUGAGAGAGGCACAGUGGUGUCAAAUGCAGGCACUCCAAGAUCCUACAAUGUGGAGACACCUAGGGGCACGUUGCGAAGAAACAGGUACCAUCUCUCGCCCACCCCUAUUGCACCAGCAACACGCACCGACUUACCUGAGGAUGGUGCAUCCACUGCGGUGAACACACCUGUCACACCUGCAAAUCCUUGUGACUCGGGGCAGCAGACACCAGUAAAAGAAGGACCUGUCCCUUCCAGAGUGAGAGUACCACCAGUGUACCUAAAAGACUAUGACUGUACCUAAAAGACUAAGUCCAUGACUGAAGAGAAAAGAGAAAGUGAUGUGCAAAUGUUGUAAAUGUUGUUGAUGCUUGUUAGAGUAUCUAUUUGUUGAAAUUGAAAAUGCAACUGUUUACAUUUGACAUGAUUUCAUAGUUCCAGUAAGACUGACAUAAAGGUUAAAAGUUUGAGAUUAACAUAAAACAGUCUUAGUUUAAAAACCUGUUUGCUUGAAAAGAUGCAAGUGUUUAGUUUAACUCUCAAGAGGAGUGAAAGAAAUAAUUAAUGUUUUAUUAACAGGAGUUUUAUUGUUUUGUUAUGCAUUUUCUAAGACAGCAUCCUUAAGUCAGAAAGGGGGAUGUAGUAUUAGAGGUAAUACGUUGGAACGUUCUGUAUACAUGUAACCUAGGCAACGAGUGGGGGGAGGCCAUUAAAAGAACGGAGUUCAUACCAUGCAGUCACGUCUCUACGAGUCUCCUUGAUAUCUUAAUAUGUGUUGCAAGGCCAA